UGUUCAGACACUGGAAUUUGUCAGAUUAAUCAGAUAGGCCAAAGAAUUAACAUUAAAAAAAUACUGUGAGAGAUAAGGACUUUUUAAGUUUGGUUACGAGGCACAUAAUGAAUAGGUUCAAGUUAAUGCCUUCAGAACAGACAACAGUUACGUGGCUUUAAGGUAAACUAAACGGAUGAUGAGGAAUGGCACUGGUUAUUUAAAAGGAGAUAUGAAGAAAACUGUUGGAUAUAAAUACCUCUAGAACCAUAAGUUGCAAAGAAACACAAGACAAGACAGUUACAUGGCCUUAAAAAUGAAUGUGUGAGGCACAAAAUGGACAUUUUCUCCUUUCUUUAGAUAUAUCAAAAACUGCCUCUACAGGAGCAUUCUCCAAAACUGUAGACCAAGUUGUCUAUUGCAUUUAGCUGCGAAGGUGCAAGACGCAAGCUACCAGUGGUAGAACCUCUGCUAUCCUUGAUGCUGAGACUGAGCAAGAGAAAAGCUGGUAAUACCGGGGAGGGAGCAUGGGAGCAUACGUGUAAGGUGCUAUUUAUAUUUCUAUUGUGGUAUAAGGGUCUUUUAUAUGUAGGUCACUUCUUACAAAGUUUGACUAAUAUAUCAUGCUUAUGACCUAUUUCAUUUUUAUCAGAUUUAUUUAUUCCUAAUAAAAAUAAUAAUAAAGCCACAAAGAAUUGUAGUAAUAUUGUUUCUAUUUGUGAAUUUCAUGCAGGCAAUCCUGUACAGGUGACUCAAACUUCUGUUUCUUCUGAUCUUAAAGAACCUACUGCACUCAAGACUACCAAAAGAACACAGCCUAAUGGCUACUUUCCUACAAAUAAAUUGUGGGAUCCCUGAAGAAAUAGAAUGUUAAAAAUGUUUCAUGGUUGGAAGCAUGAGAAGGGGUCAAUAAUAACCCCUCUGCGCAUCCUGGUAAACACUACCUUUCUGUCUGGGCUUCGAUAAUUUGCACUAAAAUUCCUCAACGAGAGAAUUCUUCAGCAUGGGCAAAAGCAAUGAGUAAAAUACUUAGUGAUGUAAUACUUUUUCUAAUCUAAUUAGUCGAUGUUGCUGUCUAAUAGCACUUUGAAGCUCAGUUAUCUUGCAGAGAAAUAAUACUGGAGUAUAGCAAGUAAUUGCCAUUUUGAGUGCAAAACUAGCUUAUUUUUCAUUGUGGAGCAUAACAAGUGCUCCUUUGUUCUUUUUGUUCACAAUUUGUAACUUUUGUUAAUGGGAGCCCAGUCACAUUCAGCAAACUGGGAAGACAUUAGGAGUGGUAAAUGCUUUGGGGGUCUGCAGAAGCGCCUCAUGUGAUACCUUCUAUUCUCAGCAUAGGUUAAAAUUAGAACUAGACUGACAUUGCAGUGGAGUCUGAGUGAGAGUUCUAAAUGGUUUUGGUAGUACAGACAAGAUUCGUAAUUUAUCUCUGCUCUUGCCCAGAAAGCAAUGAGUCACAGGAAAUCCUUGAAAACACCAGAUAAUUGAGGAAUAGAGGACUUCAAAACUUGAGGCUGUUGAUUUUUUUUUUUAAAUGUGGAUCCUGACACUCAGCAGGUCUACAAGGAGAUUCAAGGAGAGAUCUGAAGAAUUUAAAAAGCCUUUUUUUAAAGCUGAUACAUGCGCUGAUGCAUCGAGCCUGAAAUUCACCGUCAGAUUCCUGUGGCUGAAUCUGAACAUGCAAGGAUCAUGACUGAAACUGCAGUUUGUGUUGGGACAUUCACUGCUGUGAAGGCACUGUGGGAAGUGAGAAUACACAAGAUAAAUGAAGAAUUACAGAAAGAAAAGGAAUUCAGACAGAGGUCUGCAGGAAGGCUACUCCUUGUCUGGGAGGAGAGGGCUGCUUUAGCAAAGCUCAAAGAAAAAGUUAUUCAUGAAGAUGGAAGAGCAAUUUUAAGGAUAGAGGAAGAAGAAUGGAAGACUCUACCUUCAUGUUUAUUGAAACUAGUCCAUCUCCAGGAAUGGCAGCUUCACAGAACUAAUUUGCAGAAAAUUCCUCAGUUCAUUGGAAGAUUUCACAAUCUUGUUGUUCUGGAUCUAUCCCGGAACUCAAUUGAAAGUGUACCUAAAGAAAUUGGCCAGCUGACUGGCCUCCAAGAGCUGCUUCUCAGUUACAAUAGAAUAAAGUCUGUUCCUAAGGAAAUAAGUAACUGCGUCAGCCUGGAAAGAUUGGAACUGGCUGUCAACAGGAGUAUCAGCGAUCUUCCGCCUCAGCUCAGUGAUUUAAAGAAGCUUUCACACAUAGAUUUGUGCAUGAAUCAGUUCACUACCAUCCCUUCCGCUCUCCUCAACAUGCCAAAUCUAGAAUGGUUAGAUAUGGGGGGAAAUAAACUCCGGGAGCUUCCUGAUGCAAUUGACAGAAUGGAAAAUCUCCACACGUUAUGGCUCCAAAGGAAUGAGAUCAACUCUUUGCCAGAAACCAUUGCUAAUAUGAAAAACCUUAGUACUCUUGUUCUUAGCAACAACAAACUUAAGGAUAUUCCAGCUUGCAUGAAGGACAUGAGAAAUCUGAGAUUUGUCAACUUCAGAGACAACCCACUGGAGUUAGAGGUAAUGCUCCCUCCAUGUGAGAAUACAGAAGAAGAGGAGCAACAGGAAAUGUUUGGCAUUGAAUUCAUGCACAUGUACAUCCAGGAGUCACUCAAGAAAAAAGGUAUGGAUUUUUUAUUAACUCUAAUCCCUCUGGCAUACAGUGAGGAAGGGAAGGAUAAACUGGAUAAAAGAAAGCUAGGAUAUGUAUACAAAUGAAACAUGAAUUAAUCUU